AGAAGAGACACAACCAUGCGUGAAUGCAUUUCUAUUCAUGUGGGCCAAGCUGGGGCUCAGAUUGGUAAUGCAUGCUGGGAGCUGUAUUGUCUGGAACACGGGAUCCAGCCUGAUGGACAAAUGCCUUCUGACAAAACUAUUGGAGGUGGAGAUGACUCAUUCAACACCUUCUUUAGUGAAACUGGGGCUGGGAAGCAUGUUCCUAGGGCAAUCUUCGUUGACCUGGAACCUACUGUCAUAGAUGAGGUGCGUACAGGAACUUACCGUCAGCUAUUCCAUCCUGAGCAGCUGAUCACAGGAAAAGAAGAUGCUGCAAACAACUACGCCCGUGGACACUACACCAUAGGAAAGGAGAUCAUAGAUCUGGUUCUUGACAGAACACGUAAACUGGCUGAUCAGUGCACUGGCCUGCAGGGUUUCCUUAUUUUCCACUCCUUUGGUGGAGGCACUGGCUCUGGAUUCACCUCCCUGUUGAUGGAGAGACUCUCUGUUGAUUAUGGGAAAAAGUCAAAGCUGGAGUUUGCCAUCUACCCAGCUCCUCAGGUUUCUACAGCAGUAGUUGAACCCUACAACUCCAUCUUGACCACCCACACCACCUUAGAGCACUCAGACUGUGCCUUCAUGGUAGAUAAUGAGGCCAUCUACGAUAUCUGCCGUAGGAACCUUGAUAUUGAGAGGCCGACCUACACCAACCUGAACAGGCUGAUUGGCCAGAUUGUCUCUUCAAUCACCGCUUCACUUCGCUUCGAUGGAGCUCUGAAUGUUGACCUGACGGAGUUCCAGACCAACUUGGUGCCUUAUCCUCGUAUCCACUUUCCUUUGGCCACCUAUGCUCCAGUCAUCUCAGCUGAGAAGGCCUACCACGAGCAGUUGUCUGUGGCUGACAUCACCAACACUUGCUUUGAACCAGCCAAUCAGAUGGUCAAGUGUGAUCCUCGCCGUGGUAAAUACAUGGCCUGCUGUCUGCUGUAUCGUGGUGAUGUCGUUCCCAAAGAUGUCAACUCAGCCAUUGCUGCCAUCAAGACCAAACGCACCAUCCAGUUUGUGGACUGGUGUCCCACAGGCUUCAAGGUGGGCAUCAACUACCAGCCUCCAACUGUGGUUCCUGGUGGAGAUCUGGCCAAAGUACAGAGAGCCGUGUGCAUGUUGAGCAACACCACAGCCAUCGCUGAGGCCUGGGCCCGCCUCGACCACAAAUUUGAUCUGAUGUACGCCAAAAGAGCCUUUGUCCACUGGUAUGUUGGAGAGGGGAUGGAAGAAGGAGAGUUCUCAGAAGCCAGAGAAGAUUUGGCCGCUCUGGAGAAGGAUUAUGAAGAGGUUGGUUCUGACAACGUAGAUGACGACAAUGAUGAGGAAUAUCUCCUCUUUUUUCUGCACUUCUUCCUUGUGUCUGAUUCCUCAGCGUUGUUCGUAGGACAAGCAGACAAAAUGCGUGAGUGUAUUUCUAUGCAUGUGGGCCAAGCUGGAGCCCAAAUGGGCAAUGCAUGCUGGGAGCUGUAUUGUCUGGAGCAUGGAAUCCAGCCUGAUGGACAGAUGCCCUCAGACAAGACAAUUGGAGGGGGAGAUGACUCAUUCAACACCUUCUUCAGUGAGACUGGGGCAGGAAAGCAUGUUCCCAGGGCCAUCUUUGUUGACCUGGAACCUACUGUCAUAGAUGAGGUGCGUACAGGAACUUACCGUCAGCUAUUCCAUCCUGAGCAGCUGAUCACAGGAAAAGAAGAUGCUGCAAACAACUACGCCCGUGGACACUACACCAUAGGAAAGGAGAUCAUAGAUCUGGUUCUUGACAGAACACGUAAACUGGCUGAUCAGUGCACUGGCCUGCAGGGUUUCCUUAUUUUCCACUCCUUUGGUGGAGGCACUGGCUCUGGAUUCACCUCCCUGUUGAUGGAGAGACUCUCUGUUGAUUAUGGAAAAAAGUCAAAGCUUGAGUUUGCAGUUUACCCAGCUCCUCAGGUUUCUACAGCAGUAGUUGAACCCUACAACUCCAUCUUGACCACCCACACCACCUUAGAGCACUCAGACUGUGCCUUCAUGGUAGAUAAUGAGGCCAUCUACGAUAUCUGCCGUAGGAACCUGGAUAUUGAGAGGCCGACCUACACCAACCUGAACAGGCUGAUUGGCCAGAUCGUCUCUUCAAUCACCGCUUCACUUCGCUUUGAUGGAGCUCUGAAUGUUGACCUGACGGAGUUCCAGACCAACUUGGUGCCUUAUCCUCGUAUCCACUUUCCUUUGGCCACCUAUGCUCCAGUCAUCUCAGCUGAGAAGGCCUACCACGAGCAGUUGUCUGUGGCUGACAUCACCAACGCUUGCUUUGAACCAGCCAAUCAGAUGGUCAAGUGUGAUCCUCGCCAUGGUAAAUACAUGGCCUGCUGUCUGCUGUAUCGUGGUGACGUCGUUCCCAAAGAUGUCAACUCAGCUAUUGCUGCCAUCAAGACCAAACGCACCAUCCAGUUUGUGGACUGGUGUCCCACAGGCUUCAAGGUGGGCAUCAACUACCAGCCUCCAACUGUGGUUCCUGGUGGAGAUCUGGCCAAAGUACAGAGAGCCGUGUGCAUGUUGAGCAACACCACAGCCAUCGCUGAGGCCUGGGCCCGCCUUGACCACAAAUUUGAUCUGAUGUAUGCCAAGAGGGCCUUCGUCCACUGGUAUGUUGGAGAGGGAAUGGAAGAAGGAGAGUUCUCAGAAGCCAGAGAAGAUAUGGCUGCUCUGGAGAAGGAUUAUGAAGAGGUUGGCACUGACAGCAUUGGAGAGGAGGAUGAAGAGGGAGAAGAAUAUUAAGCGGUUAAGCAUUGCCACACUUCCAAAGUUCAACUUUAAACAUUCUGAAAUGUUCAUGAAGCCUGUUUUCUGCAGCGUUAAGUCUCAAAUGGCUUAUGAAAUUGCUCAAAGGUUCAAAGUUUUGCUGCUGAAUAAAGUGAAUUAAAUAUGAAA